CCAAAACCUUUCUUUGAUUUUGUGAUAUAUAUGUGUUCUUGUAUAUAAGUUUCAGUUUUUAGUUUUUCGUAUUUGUAAAUAUUUCAAAUAUAAUCUGAAAAUACCUUAAAAGAAUUAGUGAACUUUGUUUAGUUUUUAGGUUUAAAGUUUCAGUUCAUGUGUGUUUUUCUAGUUAGUCUUGUGUUAGAAUUAGUUUUUAUUUAGAUUUUGUGUUUGUGCUAUAUUUAUUUGUAUUUACUUUUAUAUUCCUGUUCUUUGUUUCAACUUUGUAAAUAAUACUUUAUAUUUAUACAUAAUUCUAAAUUUGUUUACAAAAUUACAGGAGUACCCUCAAUCCUCGGAUAGAACGAUCCCUAUUUACCAUAUACUAACGAUGACAUUUUACAGGGUUAAAUUGACUCUCAUAAUGAGCGUAUCAAUUAUUAUUAGUGAUUGUUUUAUUAAGCUUUCAUAUAUCAAUUGAUUAUCACGUGGAUUUGGGAGGAGGGGGGAGGGGUCCUCUUCAUGAAUGGAAGGUUUUUCCUUAGAUUGGUUAACGGCAAUGCACAUACAAGUAUAUAAAUGACAGUAAGGUUGGGGGGGGGGGGGGGGGGGGGGUCGGACCCCGUCAGACCGAAACACAGUUCCGCCACUGGACAAGAGUGUUGGAAGCCAUAUAGCCCUGUGCGUAGCUGUAGUUACCGUUGGUCAAGAUGGUGAUAAGGGUAUUAGUCAAGAGAAGAAAAAAUUGUGGGAGCGUAUACAUGAAGUGUACGAGACUUGCAAGCCGGCUGGAGGCAUGAUUAAUUAGAUUGGGAGGAGAGUGUGACGGUCGUUGGAAAAAGAUUAGACCGGCAUGCCAAAGAUAGCGUCAAGCUCUUAACAAAGCGGCACUUCUUCGGGGAAGUGGUGAUAACGCCAUCAACGGAGUAAUCAUCCUUAUUCUUGAAGUUUAAUUCUUAUUUUUAAAAUAAUUUUUGCCGUUAUUUUAGCAUGUUAUUUAUAUUGACUUUCAUAUAAAUAUAUAUAGGACAUGUAUAAUAUCUUCUUAUUUAUAGGAAUCACAAGCUAAAUCAAUAUAUUGUCAACUAUCUGUUAAUGUCUAAGAUUGAGCGAUAGCCCAAAUCUCGGUUAACGCUGGUCCGAUGGGCGGACCGCUACUUGUGAUGUUCUCAGAGUUUCCGCUAUCUGUCAAGUAAAAUACAAAGGGCGUCAGAGGGAGACCACGUUGGGCGGUCUUCUCUUCUCCGAUGCCUAAGUUAGUCAAUAUAUUUGUGUUGACAGAAUAACAGUAGGUAAGUAGUAAAUGCGUAAUUAAUGAGGAGAGAGGAGUGGACCUUUUAUAGGUGGGGAAGAGAUUGAUCUCUUUCUUGUUUUCGAUGUGGGAUUGAUAUGGUUCAAUUCCCAGCUUCUGAUGUUUCAGCGAGGCGCUCUUGGCGCGGCGAUCUGGGGGUGAGCCGGGGCUCAAGUGAUAGCCUGCUUGGCUGUGUUUUCGUAGGUCACACCGUUGGUGGUUGUUGGUACCGCUGGCGGUAGCAUGAGCGUGGCUCAUUAUAGCUAAUUAUGCUUCACAAAUGCUCAUGUAAGUACAAGUCCCCAGUCAAGGAGGGCAAUCUUGGUUGGGGAGUUGCCUAGCGGUUUUGAAGCGUUAUUCUUGCUAGACUUGCGAGAGCAUAAUUAGCGUCAGUGCGUUGUCAACCAUGGAUUUAUUACGAGCAAACGCUUUAUACCCUUUCGGGUGGGCCCCUUCUAGGCCCCCCAGGGAGUCCCCCACUCCCCGGCUAAGAUAGGCCUCCGUUUGGCCGGCAUAUUGCUUGUUGAGGGGGAGCUGUGAGCAGAGGGUAUUGGGUAGCGAGCCCAAUCUUUGAUACCCUAGUGUCGGGGGUCAACGUGCCUGAUCAGGGCCGUCGAAGACUGUUGACGACAUGUCCCCUUAAUUGUCUCGGAGGAACAGGGCUUGAUUGCAACUCCGCGUGGCGGUUGUUGUCAUUAUGAGGCGUUGCCUCGGGAGUCGCCGUUGGCUGAAGUCCCUCCGCUGGAGGUCAGCGGUAUGAUGCGUUGGGGGGACUAUCUCACUUGCAAGAUGAAGGGGAGAAGUUCCGCUAGCGGUGUUGCGCUUAGCGGAAACUGUCUCGCUUGCAAGAUGAAAGGGAGAAGUUCCGCUAGCGGAGACUGUCUCGCUUGCAAGAUGAAGGGGAGAAGUUCCGCUAGCGGUGUUGCGAUUAGCGGAAACUGUCUCGCUUGCAAGAUGAAAGAGAGAAGUUCCGCUAGCGGUGUUGCGCUUAGCGGAGACUAUCGCUUGCAAGGUGGAAGGGAGAAGUUCCACUAGCGGUGUUGCACUUAGCGGAGACUGUCUCGCUUGCAAGAUGGAAAGAGAGAAGUUCCGCUAGCGGUGUUGCGCUUAGCGGAGACUGUCUCGCUUGCAAGAUGAAGGGGAGAAGUUCCGCUAGCGGUGUUGCGCUUAGCGGAAAUUGUCUCUCUUGCAAGAUGAAAGGGAGAAGUUCUGCUAGCGGAGACUGUCGCUUGCAAGGUGAAAGGGAGAAGUUCCGCUAGCGGUGUUGCGCUUCGCGGAGACUGUCUCGCUUGCAAGAUGGAAAGAGAGAAGUUCCACUAGCGGUGUUGCGUUUAGCGGAGACUGUCGCUUGGUGUUGCGCUUAGCGGAGACUAUCGCUUGCAAGGUGAAAGGGAGAAGUUCCGCUAGCGGUGUUGCGCUUAGCGGAGACUGUCACUUGCAAGGUGAAAGGGAGAAGUUCCGCUAGCGGUGUUGCGCUUAGCGGAGACUGCUUCACUUGCCUAAUGGUAUGCCUGCUUUUUGACGGUUACUUCGAAUAGACGCUUUGUCUGACAGCGCCCGACACGUGGCUAUCAUGCAUUGGGUUGGCGUGUGGGUGUACGCCUUCUCCUAAUCCGGAUAGUGAAUGCGAUCGUGGGGCACGUGGAUGGUUCCCGUUUGAUGUCGUUUUUUAGCGGACGGCCUGGAUUUGUUUGAUGUUGACAUAAAAGAGAGGGAAACUCACAGGAUUUUGACAGUUUCAUCACUUCAAAACCGAACUCCUCGUCUUCAAGCUGUGUGUUCUGAGAGCUGAGGAGUAGAUUCUGCAAUUCAACCGAGAGCGUUGUUGUUUGAAGAAAGAGAUUCGUCGCAGGGAAGACCAUCGUCUCCAAGCGCAUCAGGGUUCCCAUAUUUCAGGUUGGUGAUCCGAGCCCCGUGUUUAUUUAAUUUGUUUGUGUUGUCUCAAUGCUUUUGCUUUUCGAGGUACUUGUUGUCUUUCUGUGAUGUGUCUGAGGGUCUAGGAUGGUUUAGGAAUUGGUUUGGGCGUUUUUGGCAGGGGUUUGAGGGUUGUAAUUUUGCUAGAUGGUCGAAUUUGGGUUCUGAGCCUAAAUCAUCCCCGGCAACGGCGCCAAAAAUUGAUGCAGCUAAAAGGAAGCGCGCAAUUUAACCCUGCAAAAUGUAGUUGUCAGUAUAGAAUAAGUAGGGAUCGUUCAAGCCGGGGAUUGAUGGUACACCUGUAAUUGUAAAAAUAAAUAAUUAAUAAAAGUACAAAGUAUUAUUUACAAAAAUAAAACAAAUUAAGAAUAGAAAUAUAUACAAAUUAACAUAAAAAAAAGGGGGGAUUUUAGGUUUUGAAAAUUAAAAGAAACAAAAUUAAAACGUAAAAUACAUAUACAAGGGUGGAACGCAAGGAACAAAAAUCAAAACCACAAUCAUAUGCAUGAAAUCCAAUUAUAUAUACAUUGUGUUCUUGUUUUGGUAUUUUCUGGGUUUUCUGGGUAUGACUGUUCUUGGUGUUCUUGACUAAAAUCUGGCAUAGGGAUAGUUUAGAUCGUUUUGGAACUGACUGACUUGGGUUUUAGGGUGUUUCUGAUGGCUAGCGUCAUAGAGAUUUCGAGCAGUGAGGAUUCCGGGUCUGACGUGUUGCUCAGCGGUUCAGAUAGGAUGUUUAUUGACUCGUUGCGUCUGUCUGCCUUUACAGGAACCUCAUUGCCGGAACCGCUAGAUAUUGAACCCUUACAAACCAUACCUUCGGAAGUGGCUAUGGCUCGCGGUGGGCGUCCGAAAAGUUCGACGGCAAGGGAAGAACCUGCCGCCCGUAAGCGGCGCGAGGAGAGGCUAGCUAACCAUAGUGUGGCUAGUGAUUCCGCUGGUGGGGAAGAUGCCGGUGGUGAAGAGAUAGAGUUGGCUUGGGUUCUUCGUGAUGGUACGCCGGUUGAAGAGGCGGGCAGUCCGAUGACUGCGUCGGCUGUCAACCGUCUGAAGAGUGUGUUUCGUCUCCCUGGCGUGGUGAAGUUAUGACCGCCGACGAGGGACGAGAAGGCGGCAAUUCUGCCGGUGGGGUACGCCGCCGUUCACGAGGCCAUCUUCCGCCAGGGAGUAACUCUACCGCUACUGCCAAACCUCCAGAUUUUGAUUUGCGAGUUCGACCUUGCCUUUGGGCAAAUUUUCCCUAAUAUGUGGCGAUUAUUGAAUGCGCUCAACUCACUCUGGCGGCUUUCUGGCUGCGAAGGUCUGACCGUGGCACAGGUGCUGCACUUCUACAAACUGGUUUACAUGAGGCGCCAGGGUUGUAGAGGACAGGUGAACCUCACUCGCCGCUAGGGGGCGCCCAAGUUAAUCGAGAAUUUGAAGGAUUCGAUGUCCCUCUGGCGGUUCGACCUUCUGUAUUACUACCGCGGGAUGAGAGUAUGACGCGGGGGAGAAUGAGGAGGCGCCGACAUUUAGGAUUAAGUCGGAGUUCCAACCUAUCCGAGCGGGCCUGCGCUAUAUGCUGACGCGCGAGGAGCAGUGCCGCAUAGCAAGGAUCAAAGGGUGUUGGCAGAACAACAACUUACUAGAUCUCCGUCUGUUGACCGGCUGGGAGCUGUUGGUCGAUUUGAAAUUGACUCGUGCCCUUGAUUCCGUUCCUGGUAACAAAGCCAGCCGCGACGCUUUUUCCAAAGCCAUGGACCAUGCGGAUCUGCAUAACUUUAUUGAGGGCAUGUAUGCAGCUGGGCUUAGCGCGAAGCAGACCGUGGUUGAUCCUCAAACGCAGGCGCUGAGCCACUCGGAGGUUGAGGUGGUGAUGUCGAUGCCCCAUCACUCCCAUCUCGCCGCUGCCGGUCAGACUGUUCUGCAGCUCGAGUCUCGCGCCGAGCGUGGGGCUGCUGGCGGGAGUCAGGCGCGUGUUGCUCCCGAGAAGCCCAAGGAGAGAGUGCCCACCAAUCGGCGUGGGCCCCAGAGGGAGAGGGCGGUGCCGACGAAGGAGCCCGUUGCCAUUGCGGGCCUGGAGCCACAUGAUCCGCCGAGGGUCACCACUCAGGGUCCUCUGCAGAAGAAACGGCGGCAGAAUGACCCCGUCGAAGGGGAGAAGGCAGAGGACUCGGUGCCAAUUGGGAUCCGCCAGCAGAAGAGGGCGAGGCAGGCCUCGCAGAAGGUGACUGUGGCCGUCGCCGGGGAAGUGCCGACGAAUGGGCUAGACUCGUUUGCAGCCUACACCGAGUUCCUGACGGAUCUUGAGCAGGAAUUCCUCUUCCAUCUGUGAGAGAGGCUUGGGUUCGGCGGAAUGGAUGGGACUGUCCGCCUUACGGCCGUUCAGCAGUCCCCGAAAAGCUCAGCAUUUGGGCACUUGUUUGUUGGGCUGCAUGAGCUGUUCUUGGCGGCGUCGAAGUCGUCUCCCGCUGAGCAGCAGCUGAGAGAAGACAUGGAAGGCCUCCGGCAGGAGUAGUAGGAGACGUCCAAACGGCUGGCGGACACUGAGCGGCUUCUAUCCAAGGCCGAAUGUGACCUGGUGGAUGUGCAGGGCAAGCUGACUGUCGCCAUCGACCGGGAUUUGGAGCAAAACAACAAGGUUGCCAGGCUGGAACAAGACAUGGCCCUGCUGCAGGAGCAAGUGGCGGUGAAGGGUAAGUGUUGCGAGAUCCUUCAGCGGGAGUCUGUCGCCAAAACCGUUGAACUGAAGAAGCUGGAGGCUGAGGUUGCCUGACUGGGGGCUGCGAGGAGUCAGGUAGAUGCUGCUGUUGUGGAGGCUUACAAGCAGUCUCCGGAGUUCAAGCACAAUCUGACAGAGGCGGAGAAGGCUGGUGCUGCUGCCAACUUCGACAUGUUGGAUAAGAAGGGCGUCAUCGACUGGAGCAAGGCGCCUUGGCCUAAGUCUUCUGAUCAGCGGGAACCGCCUGCAAGCGAGCCAAUGUUCAGCCAACCUGAGGGUGUGAGGUCUGGCAGUGGUGAGAGUGGCCAGCGUGUGGUGGAUGGUUCCCAGCAGACACCGUUGCCCACUCCCUCAGACGUCUCCCGCGCAGAGUUUUUGGCCGCCCAUACGCGGGAGGACGGUACGAUGGUGACGCUUAGUCCCACUGCUCCGAGGUCCGAUUAGACAAGCCGCUCGAUCACCCCGACUACCCAAGCUGGCGCUGAAGGCGUGACUGGUGCUUCCAACAACCCAUGAAGACACUGCCCUACUUUUCUUAGCUUUGUUCUGUUAUUUUGCUAUUGCUGUUGAGGCGUUUUUUUUUUUUUUUAAUCUGUA